AUGAAUUCAAAUGGAUCAGGAGGGACCAGUGGCUCUGGUGCUACAGGGCGUGGGUUUGGUGGUCGGCGUGGUGGUGGUGGUGGUGGACGUGGAGAUGGUCAUGGUGAAGGCCGUGGUGGUGGACUUGGUCAUGUCUUUGGUGGUGGACGUGGUGAUGGCGCUGGUGGUGGCAUUGGUGGGGGUCGUGGGGGUGGCAUUGGUCCUGUAUUUGGUGGUGUAGGUGGUGCUGAAGGCGCUGAUGGUGUCGGUGGUGGGGGUCGUGGGGGUGGCAUUGGUCCUGUUUUUGGUGGUGGACGUGGUGUAGGUGGUGCUGAAGGCGCUGGUGGUGGCGUUGGUGGGGGUCGUGGUUAUGGCUUUGGUGGUGGAUUUGGCGGGGGUCGUGGUGAUGUCCGUGGUUAUGGACGUGGUGGACGCGGCGGAGGGAGACUUAACGGACAGGGGAGAGGUGGACAAGGCGGAAGGGGUAUUCAGCAAAGUUUUUACUGGGAUGAUACAGUAGGCGGAGAAGUAUAUCAUCUGUGGUAUCAUGUUUUUGGUGGCCGCCUUAGAGACAUGAUCUCGAAGGCCAAAAUUUCUAGUAAUAAGCCAGAAUGGAUAAGUGGGGAUAUCUGGGAGAUGAUGCAGGAGUAUUGGGACACAGACGCAUCUAGGAAGAAGAGCAAGAUAGCUUCAGAGAAUCGCUUGUCUUCUCAUGAUGGUUUUGGUCCACACGCUCACACCUCUGGAUCAUAUCGACAAAAAGAAGGAAUCUUGCCUUCAAUGCGUCAAGUUCUCAGAGAGACUCACCUCAAAGUUGAUGGUUCUUAUAUGGAUGAUAGGGCGAGGUCGAUUGAAGAAGAGAUUCAAAGAGAGAUUGAUGCAGUUUCUCAACCCGCGGAUGGCGCCUCACAAGGAGGUUUCUCUGCCACAGGGUUGACACAACUUCAGGAGGAUGAACUGUUCUAUAAGGUAUGA